CCUGUUCCCUAUAUCCCAUCGCCGCUUGUUCCUGCUGGGGACUUGAGAAGGGAAGAACAGUGUUGUCAUGCCUGGAUGGUUUUACGCAUGCCGUACGUGGACUGAACUACAGCCGCCAAGGUUCACAGAAGUUUGGGUUAUAUUGUGGAGAGACUAUCCGCCCGUGUGGACUGUCCUGUGCUGCACAUCUCAUGCUCGCACCUUGCUGAAAUGGGCGUGUACGGAGAAAGCGGGGAGCACUUGGACACCAGGCUCAAUUGAGAGUUUUUCCUCGUAGCCUCACUCAGGGACACUUCCUCCCCUUCCAAACCGCAGUUUUCGAGGUGUACCUCGUGAUGCUUAAAUGGAUUCAUUUCUGGUCCUGUCUAAUGUGUUUCUGCAGGGCAGUGAGGAUAAAGUUGAUGGAGCUAAACUCAUUACGUGAGAUUCAAAAAGACUCCAAACUGGCCGUGAAGCACCCAGAGUAACUAAAAAGUUACCUGAAUUACUGCGAGGGGUCUAAUUUUGCCGUAGGAGUUAUUUUUUUAAUUUCUAAAAAACAUCCUAACUCGUAGUGUUGUUAAAGCCCCCCUCCCUUUGUCCUCCCUCCACAUUACCCCGGGGUCAUUUUAUUUGAAUGCUCCUAAAGUGUUUGCUUCUUUUUAAAAAGCGUUUUAAAAAAACAAUUUGGCAAGGAGGAUGGACCCUGCCUGCGGGAAAGUAGGCACUGCGCCCUUGGUCGCCGGCGGCGGAACCGGCGUGAGCACGAAGGCGCCCAAACAUCUGUGGAGGCAGCAGAACCAAGCAGCGCUCUCUCCGCUCCACCACCAAGCGCUGGUAGUGCGCAAGAACGACCGAGUGAGACAAAGAGGCUUUUCGGACACCGAAAGAUACCUCAACCCGAGGAACAUGGACCGGACUUACGCAGUGGACACGGGGCACCGACCCGGACUGAAGAAAUCCAGGAUGUCGUGGCCGUCGUCGUUUCAAGGUCUUCGACGUUUUGAUGUGGACAAUGGCACGUCAUCAGGUCGCAGCCCUCUGGACCCAAUGGCCAGCCCGGGCUCAGGCCUCAUCCUGCAGGCCAAUUUUGUCCACAGCCAACGGAGAGAGUCGUUCCUCUACCGCUCCGACAGCGACUACGACCUCUCACCCAAGUCUAUGUCCCGAAACUCCUCCAUUGCCAGUGACAUUCAUGGUGACGAUAUGAUUGUAACUCCAUUUGCACAGGUUCUUGCCAGCUUAAGAACUGUACGAAACAACUUUGGUGCAUUAACUAAUCUACAGCAAGACAGAGCAUCCAAUAAGAGAUCACCCAUGUGUAACCCACCACCUAUCACCAAGACCACCUUUACAGAGGAGGCCUACCAGAAACUGGCCACUGAGACCCUGGAGGAGUUGGACUGGUGUCUGGACCAGUUGGAGACCCUGCAGACAAGACACUCAGUCAGCGAGAUGGCCUCCAACAAGUUCAAGAGGAUGUUGAACAGGGAGCUGACUCACCUAUCAGAGAUGAGCCGUUCUGGGAACCAGGUGUCUGAGUUCAUCUCCAGCACCUUCCUGGACAAGCAACAUGAAGUGGAGAUGCCAUCCCCACAGACGCAGAAGGAGAAGGAGAAGAAGAAUAAGCCCAUGUCUCAGAUCAGUGGGGUGAAAAAGCUGCAACACUCCUCCAGCCUCACAAACUCUAAUAUCCCUCGGUUCGGCGUCAAGACUGAAACCGAGGAUGAACUCGCUAAGGAGCUGGAGCAUGUGAAUAAAUGGGGCCUUAACGUUUUUAAAAUCUCAGAGUUCUCUGGGAAUCGGCCACUGACAGUCAUGAUGUACACAAUAUUCCAGGAGAGAGACUUGUUAAAAACUUUUAAAAUUCCACUUGACACCUUUAUAACAUACCUGAUGACCUUAGAAGACCAUUAUCAUGGUGAUGUGGCCUACCAUAACAACAUUCAUGCUGCUGACGUCACCCAGUCAACUCACGUGCUGCUAUCCACCCCCGCCCUCGAGGCUGUGUUCACAGACCUUGAGAUCCUAGCUGCCAUCUUUGCCAGUGCAAUUCAUGAUGUGGACCAUCCUGGAGUCUCCAACCGGUUCCUCAUCAACACCAAUUCAGAACUAGCGUUGAUGUACAAUGACGCAUCGGUUUUGGAGAACCACCAUCUAGCAGUUGGUUUCAAGCUUCUACAAGAGGAGAACUGUGACAUCUUCCAAAACUUGACCAAAAAACAAAGACAAUCACUGCGAAAGAUGGUCAUUGACAUUGUGCUAGCAACAGACAUGUCCAAGCACAUGACUCUACUGGCUGAUCUGAAGACUAUGGUGGAAACCAAGAAGGUGACCAGCUCCGGUGUCCUGCUGCUGGACAACUACUCUGACAGGAUACAGGUUCUCCAGAACAUGGUGCACUGUGCAGACCUGAGCAACCCUACUAAACCUCUCCAGCUGUACCGGCAGUGGACAGACCGCAUCAUGGAGGAGUUCUUCAGCCAGGGUGACCGAGAGAGGGAGAGGGGUAUGGAGAUCAGCCCCAUGUGUGACAAACACAAUGCUUCGGUAGAAAAGAACCAGGUUGGUUUCAUAGACUUUAUCGUUCACCCUUUGUGGGAGGCGUGGGCUGACCUGGUCCACCCGGACGCCCAGGACAUCCUGGACACGUUGGAAGACAACAGGGAGUGGUACCAAAGCACCAUCCCCCAAAGCCCCUCUCCCACCUUGGACGAGCCUGAAGAUGGCACUCGACCCCCAGGAGGGGACAAGUUCCAAUUUGAGCUCACCCUGGAGGAGGACGGGGAGUCGGACACUGAGAAAGACAGCGGCAGCCAGCCGGAGGAGGAGGAAGAGGAGGAGGAGGAAGAGGAGGAGGAGGAGGAAGAGGAGGAAAACAGCUGUACUGACUCUAAAACACUCUGCACGCAGGACUCUGAAUCAACAGAGAUUCCUUUGGACGAACAGGUGGGGGAGGAUGACGAGGAGGAGGACGAGGUAGCGGAAGAGGGGGAGACACCUUGCUCACAACCGUGUGUCGUGGAGGAAGAGGUAGCAGAUGAGGAGGAGGAAGAGGAGAAAGAGAAAUCCCCACACACAUAGCAGUUUAUGGACAGCACCUGAUUAACUGUUCUUCUUAGUAAUGACAGAUGAUUAUUUAUAGAAUAUUUUUGGGUUUUCUGGAGUCUGUCUGUGUUUUUUAUACAUCUAUGUUUAUGGUUCCAAAGCGUGUGCUGCUCCUCCACCUUGGCCACUCCUCCUGUCAGCUUUGUUCAGACACGCCCACCGGUACUUCUUCAAGUUUUUUUGCACUCAGGAAAACUCCUUUCCAUUCCCAGUUUGUACUGAAGUGGUGUGUCUUUAUUUCACUUUGACACCUCCCCUUUACAAGCUUAAGUUUAGGACUCCGCUUCGUCUCAGCCUUGCCUGAAAGUUUAGCAGUGUUUCUGUGUUUUAUCAAGUGCCCAUACUCUACAGUGACGGUCAUCGGUGUGUUCAAGGAGAAUCUCCCUCUCGGUUAGGUCAUUUCCUCCCCACUGCGAAUUAGGAGGCGUUUUUUAAUGCCACUGUUCUGCUGAAAACCUGGCGGGUCGCCGCAGAGAUGAAAGCUGCAGCACACUGGGGAGCUUUUCGAGACACAUUUCUGAUGUCGGAAGUCUUCCUUGAAAACCUGACUUAUACAAAGCUCAAAUCUAAACAGCCAUGAUGCUGUCCUAGACCUCUUUAAUUUUGUAUUGUACUGUAUGUAAGAUUCAGAUAUUUUCUAGAAUUUACUUUUGCAAUCCUAGGCUUUUGUUUUUAUUAGCAAAUAAGAUUAGAGAACUUUUGGACACCAAAUGGGGAGAAAUGUGUCAGUGUUUUGAAGGUUAGAUUACAUGAGGAGUGUUCUAAGGUGUUUGCACUGCUCCGAUAGCAUUUAUACUACUAUUCCCAUGCCACUAUACUCAUAAUUGGUUAGUCCUGUGAGUUGAAAUUUAGAACUUAUUCAAAAUAACUCUUGUAUGUUGUUGAGUUUUCACUGAGAAGGAAGCAGGAAGCUGAAGUCUUUACUGCUUCACUCUCAUUGAAAUUGUCUGUGAUGCGGAUGAAGCCUUUGAAUUUUAUUAUUGUUGCCUGCAGUUCUUUUGAACACAUCCUGAGACAAUGCAAUGCUUUGUAGUUGAUACAAAAAGCACCUUUUUUUUAAAAAGCUUGAUUAGUGCUCCGAAUAUACAGAAAUAGUAAUGGUCUUUAAAAACUACUGGGGUGAUUUUUAUACCAAUGUUCUGAAAGCUUUUCUCUUCCUUUUCUUUUCUUUCUUAGUCUGAUGCACACAUCACCACAAGCUCCGUACUUGCUUGUUUCCAGGCCACUUUUCUGUUAAGCUAAAUUAAUUUUCAUCAUGGUAAUGUUUAAUUUUGCCAUCUCAACAUUAAACCAAGUUGCUGUCUUUGUUUUUCGACAAGACAAUCAGCUCCGUCGCGUAGUCAUCAGAUAAGACUAUCCUCUACUUAGAUACUCUAAUGCACUGAUAUAUUCAUAUAUCACCACUUAAAUAUUUUUAAUAUAUUUAAACACCCACACAUAAAUUCUUAGGCUUGAACAGUGCUGUCUUACACCUCGGCCAAGAGUCUCUUUCUCAUUCACCUGAUUCUGUUAUUUAUUGAUAUAUUUUUCUAUUUGUUGAGUCGUUUUUGCAAUAUAAAGGUGGUACAGUAAAUAUUUCACUGUAGCAUAGACCACAGUACAGGCUUGCCAGUUACAAUACCCAAAUAUACUUUUCUUUUCUCUCUGUGUAUAUAAAAUAUAGAAAAUCAACAAAUGUAAAAAAAAACAACAAAAAAACACACAAAAAAACCCCACUUGAAAUACUGCACACUGCUUUUUUAAGAGUGCUUGUUUUUGAUUAUCUGUCAUUUCCAAACUUUUUAUUUAAUCUUUCAUUUUGUGCCAAGAUUUAUUUUUCUCUCUCUCUUUUUUUUUCAUCCUCACCCGAUGCCCUUACCUGUAAUAAAAAAUUUCUGGUUUUAUCGCUGUUUACAAACAUAUAUUUAUUGUGCUGUAUAUAAUAUAUAAUUAUUAAUGUUAUUACUAUCAUAAUGCCGUUUGUCGUAAAAUGGUUGAUUCUUAUCAUCCCUUUUGGUGAUGGUGUGGCUGUAUUAUGUACCUCUUGUUGAGAGAAUGUUUAUUACACAUAAGCUUCAGUGUAAAAAAAAAAAAAAAAAGAUCCAUGGACAUGUUGCUUAUCUGAGAUCUAGCUCAGUGAAGAGAGGGGGAAAGCCAAAUUGUUUUUUAAAAAGAAACUGUUCCUUGGCCCAUGGGCUGUGCCUUAAAUUAAACGCAUGUCAUUUACUUUAGCCUUUUUUUUUUUCCUAGUUUAUUUUCUAGUUCUCUUUUGCUGCAUUAGUGAAUCUUUUGGCUUGGGUUGGCCUGAUCUCCUGUUGGGAAUUUGAAAAUGUUGCCUUUUUACUAUCACAGCCAAACACACAAAUUGCUCUAUCAAAAAUGUGGCACUGGAAAAUACUUACACUCGAUACUACAGGGAGAUUCAGGUCAACCACAAGUCACAGAUUUACUACUUGAGUGACGUGUGGCCUAUAGCCGGAUGUCCAAGAGUCGUAUUUGCUGUAGACCUGGUCUGAACAACUCGCACCUUCCUUCUGCCCUGCCACUACACUCAAAGAUGUGACACAACUGGUGGAGUGUAAACGACAUGGUAGUAACUUUGCUGUGUCUGUGCAGAGAUACUGCAGUGUCGUCUACGCAACCACGUGGUUGUAUCGCAGCUACAAACACUGAAUGGAGCAACGGGAGUGUGUAGUUGCUGCUUGACCACAGCCUACGAAGCACAGAGGCUUUGAGACACAUCUGCAUGUUCAGCCACUGCUGCAUUAAUUAUGGCUGAAACACUGACAGUGUGUUGCUUAUCUAUGCUCGGCCCACACUUCCACUCACAUUACUUGCAAUAUCCAAAACCACUGACAUUUUUAUGCCUGGGCAGGAGAAGGGUUUAGUAUAUUUCUGUAGUGAAAGGGGGUUGGUGGGUGGGGGGAGGGAUCAGGGUUUGGGUGAGCACAUCAUUGUCCCGAAAAAUGGGACUCUUCUUUUGACACACAUACUGUAGAUUUUAAACAGCCCUGGACCAAUGGAAACAGUGGGUUCUUUUCUCAUUAUGUGUUCUAUUUUUUAUGGUAUGAAAGGAAAACACAAACUGUAACUUUGAAAAAAAGGUCUUCAGGACAAUUAUUUUUUGGGUUAUGUCUUUAGAAUGCCAACUUGUCUGGAAGUUUCACAAGACAAUUAAAAUGUUAUUUUAAUGGAUUUCUUGUUAAUUGCAGUUUAUUGGAUAGCACUGUAGAUCAUACAACUUUAUGUAAAAAAUAUUUUAAAAAAACAAUGAAAAAAAAAAGUUUUUAUAUGCAAUGGAUUAAAUAAAAGCAUGGGUUGAUUCUGCCUACUCAA